AUGACCAAUUAUUCUCUGACAGUCAAGGUUCCAGUACAGAGCUUUCGGCAACUCUCACAGGAAGGCUACAAGCUCUGUUUUGCUUCCGGAGUGGAACGCGAGGGAUUCAAGGUUAUAGCAUUAACCACAGGUGAGGCUCUGUGUUCCUCUACUUCGACCUACACUGACGUUUGUGAUCAAGACAUUGCGCCCUUCGUCAUGCUCCAGUGUAAUGAUGACUAUGCUAUUGCUGCCAGUGGAUCCAGCUUCAUGGAAGGAGCCAAAGUCCAGGCGUACACUAAUGUCGACUCCAUCAGGCUCGGACAGACCUACACCUUGACCCCAGACUUUCAAGGCAGAGUCAAUGAUGGUGGACGUCAAGGUGCUAUUCAGUUCAACAACCAGACCGACAGAGCCGCCCCCAUUAUCUACAGAAGCAUCGGCGACUCCAAGGUUCCCUUUUACGUCGGGUCCCAGCAACUCCCCCGAGGCAGUAGUCAAGUGAUUCAGCCUAAUAACAGGGUUGCGGUCUGGUUCCAACGAGACGCCGAAACUGGCAUGAUGAUCAGUAGAAUUGACGGAAACUUCAUUGAGAUCGACAUGUCGGGAAGGACCAGCGCAACUGUCGUCUCCAAUGAAGAUUUUACGUGGUCGCUGCAGUAG